AUGAAGGAAUCGUCCACGGAGGAAAUCGAGAACAUCGGAACUGACCACCUCAAGGAUAAAAUUGAAGGUCUGGAAUUCGAAAACAACCAAUUGAAGGAAAUGGUCCAGACUCAAAUGGAGGUGAUGGCUCAACGGAACAGCGAGAUCGAAUCACUUGUUAAUCUCGUCAAAGGCAUAAUUGCAGGUGACGGCGCGGAUUCAAACGGGGAAGAUAAGAUGGCCGCCAUUCGGGAGGAAGGCUGCGCCGACCGACUAAAGGAAGGAGACAGUAGCCCGAAAUGUGAUGCUGGACUGGAACUUCUCCGUGACUUGAUCCUUGAGAUGAGCCACGAAAUGGUGGGACUUCGAAUGCACAGGCUGCAAAUAAACGAAUUGUUUGGUCUGGCGAACGCAAGGGCCCACCAGAUCGAAGAACAAGUCGAACAAAUCAUCGAGCUCAACAAGGAAGUUUCCCGACGAGAGAACCGACUCGCGACAGCUAAUGAGAAGCUGGUAGUGUUGGAACGCGAGCUCUUGAACGAACAAAAGAAAACAGAAUUGUUGGAGAUGUGGGCAAGGAAGAAAGAUAACAAAAUCGAAUCUCUAACGUGUGAGGUACAGAAGCUUGUGAACGGAAAGACACAGAUUUCAGAGGAAGUGAAACAUUUGAGAGAGGAUUUGGCUGCGGCAAAUGUCAAGAUAGACAGACUUCAGGAGGACAAUUGCCAGAAGGAGAAACGAAUCUUGGAGGUAGAGAGACGAUUGGAAGACCUGGCAAACAAAUUCGAGGAGAGGAACGCAAAGCUGAAGAUGGAGGGUCAGGAAGAGAGACUUAGAGAAGAGAGGCACUCAGGAACAGAACUAUGUAAGGAAAUAGAGGCUUAUAAACAACAGAUGAUUGCGGAACUCGAACAUUCAAAGAGACGCACGAAAGAGGCCUCUAAGGAAAAGCUAGAGACCAGCGCCACGCUCCGCCAAAGUUCAUUCGGAAAGGAACUUGUAAUUGAGUUAGGAAGACUUAAGGAGCAACUGUGCAUUAGGAAGGAGUCGAAAACUCCACGUCUGGGAGGUCACGUAGAGAUGCUGGCCACCGAAGACCCGAGGCAAAUGACGAGCUCUGGAGAAACAGAUAGGGUAAUGGACAUCACAGAAUGCCUCCCUGACAAAGACUUACAAGAGGUUGUGGGGUCAAAGGACAGGGAUAUGCAGAGUUUGAGUGAGGUGAUUGAUCACCUCUUGAAACUGCAGAGGACAGAGAAAAACGACGACGCGGCAGCUUUGGUGGAGAUGAGCCGAGGAAAGGAUGUCCAAACUCAGUUGGAUAAGAUUCUUGAAUGCAUGUGCCAACGCAUGUGCCAAUCACAACCUGCCACUGAGGACGUCAUUAUUCUGCAAAACACCAUCCUACCGGCACCUAUCCAGGAGGAAGAAGUCCUCCUUGAUCCGAAAUAUUCAACAGAUGAGCUUAUUUCCACUCAUGAGGAGGUCCUAGCUACCAAACAAGAAACCUCCAGUAUUCCAAAGGAAGUCCUGGGAACAUCCAAAACAGAGGACUUCAUAUCCAUCCCAGAAAAUAUAACUUCCGAGGGACUCGCGCUUACAGAGGAAGAUAUUAUGUCAAAUUCCAAACCCGUACCAGGGGAACCUUUCAUCGUUCUAGAGGACUUGGGCUCCACUGCCCAGGCUACCCCAGUUCAUCCAGAAGAGCCCUGUCUCACUCCCCAAACUACCCAGGAGGAAGAUGAGCUUAUUUCCACUCAGGAGGAGGUCCUAGCUACCAAACAAGAAACCUCCAGUAUUCCAAAGGAAAUCCUGGGCACAUCCAAAACAAUUAUCUCUUCAGAGGACUGUCUCACUCCCCAGGCUGCCCCAAUUGUUCAAAAAGAGCUAUUCAUAACGAAACAAAGGGAUGCCUUCCAUGUCGAGGGAGCAGCCAUCAGUGGGGAUGAACAAGCACUCCAUAAUGAUAGGGAGGCCCUUAAUAUGGAGAGACUGGCUCAAAUUAGGGAGAAAGAAGCCUUUGCUGCAGAAAGAGAAGCCUUCUACAGAGAAAAAGAAAUAUUUGAUGAGGGCAAGGAUGCCUUCCAAAGAGAAAUGGCAACUUUCUACAAGGAAAAGGAAGAAUUUCAUAUGGAAAAGGAAGUAGUAGAUAGGGAAAAGGAAGAAUUUCAUAUGGAAAAGGAAGCAGUAGAUAGGAGAAAGGAAGCAUUAGAUAGGGAAAAGGAAGCAUUAGAAAGGGAAAAGGAAGAAUUUGAUAAGGAAAACAAAGAAAGAGAGCACCAAUUACAGAAUUUCAAUAUGGAAAAGGAAACUUCAGAUAGGGAAAGGGAAGAAUAUCAUAUGGAAAAGGAAGCAUUAGACAAGGAAAAGGAAGAAUUUGAUCGGGUGUUGGAAGAAUUUGAUAGGGAAAACAAAGAAAGAGAGCACCAAUUACAGGAUUUCAAAAUGGAAAAGGAAGAAUUUCAUAUGAAAAAGGAAGCAUUAUAUAAGGAAAAGGAAGAAUUUCAUAUGGAAAGGGAAGCAUUACGUAAGAAAAGGAAGAAUUUCAUAUAG